CUUUCUGCGCCAGGGCUGGAGAAAGAGCUGCCGCCGCCGUGUGCUUCGACUCCAGGCAGCUGCUGGCUCCACUCGCAGCGCUCGGAAAGUUGGGUCAGACCUGAACCCCUAAAAGCGGAACCGCCUCCCACCCUCGCGCCAGCCGCCCGCCGGGAGCUGAGUCGCCGGCGGCGGUGGCGGCGGACGGACCCGGGAGUUUCCUCUCGCACUGGAUGGAGCUGAACUUUGGGCGGCCAGAGCAGCGCGGCCGUCCGGGGAUCGCUGUAUGCUGAGCUCCCUCGGCGAGACCCAGCGGCGGCUCCGGAUUUUUGGGGGGGCGGGGACCAGCUGCGCGCCGGCACCAUGUUCCUGGCGACCUUGUACUUCGCGCUGCCGCUCCUGGACUUGCUCCUGUCGGCCGAGGUGAGCGGCGGGGACCGCCUGGACUGUGUGAAAGCCAGCGAUCAGUGCCUGAAGGAGCAGAGCUGCAGCACCAAGUACCGCACGCUGAGGCAGUGCGUCGCGGGCAAGGAAACCAACUUCAGCCUGACAUCGGGCCUGGAGGCCAAGGACGAGUGCCGCAGUGCCAUGGAGGCCCUCAAGCAGAAGUCUCUCUACAACUGCCGCUGCAAGCGGGGUAUGAAGAAGGAGAAGAACUGCCUGCGCAUCUACUGGAGCAUGUACCAGAGCCUGCAGGGAAAUGAUCUGCUUGAAGAUUCCCCUUACGAGCCAGUUAACAGCAGAUUGUCUGAUAUAUUCCGGGUGGUCCCAUUCAUACCAGUGGAGCACGUUCCCAAGGGAAACAACUGCCUGGACGCCGCCAAGGCCUGUAACCUCGACGACACGUGCAAGAAGUACAGGUCCGCCUACAUCACCCCGUGCACCACCAGCAUGUCCGGCGAGGUCUGCAACCGGCGCAAGUGCCACAAGGCCCUGCGGCAGUUCUUCGACAAGGUUCCGGCCAAGCACAGCUACGGGAUGCUCUUCUGCUCCUGCCGGGACAUCGCGUGCACGGAGCGGAGGCGGCAGACCAUUGUGCCCGUGUGCUCCUACGAGGAGAGGGAGAAGCCCAACUGCCUGAAUUUGCAGGACUCCUGCAAGACGAAUUACAUCUGCAGGUCUCGCCUUGCGGACUUUUUUACCAACUGCCAACCCGAGUCAAGGUCUUCCAGCAGCUGUCUAAAGGAAAACUAUGCUGACUGCCUCCUCGCCUACUCAGGGCUUAUUGGUACAGUCAUGACCCCCAACUACAUAGACUCCAGUAGCCUCAGCGUGGCCCCAUGGUGUGACUGCAGCAACAGUGGGAAUGAUAUAGAAGAAUGCUUGAAAUUUUUGAACUUCUUCAAGGACAAUACUUGUCUUAAAAAUGCAAUUCAAGCCUUCGGCAAUGGUUCUGAUGUGACCGUGUGGCAGCCAGCCCUCCCAGUUCAGACCACAGCUGCCACCACCACGGCCUUCCGGGCCAAGAACAAGCCCCUGGUGCCAGCAGGCUCUGAGAAUGAAAUCCCCACUCAUGUUUUACCACCUUGUGCAAAUUUGCAGGCACAGAAGCUGAAAUCCAAUAUGUCCGGCAGUACACACCUCUGUCUUUCUGAUCGUGAUUAUGAAAAGAAUGGUCUCGCUGGUCCUUCCAGCCACAUAACCACAAAAUCAAUGGCUGCUCCUUCAAGCUGCGGUCUGAGCCCACUGCAGGUUCUGGUGGUAACCACUCUGUCCACCUUAUUAUCUUUAUCUUUGGCAGAAACAUCGUAGCCGCAUUUAAACAACAAUAUGGACACGUAAAAAGACAAAAACCAAGCUAUCUGUUUCCUGUCCUCUUGUAUAUCUGAAAUUCCAGUUUUAGGAGCUCAGUUGAGACACUGCAAAAACAGUUUCAUCCAACUGGAACUUUUUCUUUGUUCUUUGUUUCUUUUUUCUUUUUUUCCUUUCUUUUUUUUUUUUUUUUUUUUAAGAAAUCUUCUUGUGAUCCUUAGGGCUUCUGUGGGCUAACUGAUACAGUCCUACAUUCCAUAUUGAAAAGGCUUUGGGGCCUGCUGUGUUGUCAAGGGGCAGUGCAUAAAUUUGGCUAUAAAACCAACUGGGCCCAUGUUUGACGUGAUGAGGAUAGGGAUGAUUUUAACAAUUUAACUUUGGCCUUUCCUAGCAAAGCAAGGACUUAGUAUUUCUAAAGAAUCUUUCCAUAUCUCCUAUAAUGGCUUUGGUUUCUGAUGACAUCACUUUAGCCUAACAUGGGUGGGCACAAGCUUAUUUUGUCACAAAGCAAAGAUCCUCAUCCAGAGGAUCUUGAUGGACUUAGUACAAACAAGCUUGCGCCAAUGUUCACCUUUCUGUAUGUACUGGCAUUUUCCACACUGUUUGUGUACUGUGAAGAGUUCUACACUCUCCUACCAAACAAAGGACACCUGUCCCAUCCAAAUGUAGUGUCUGUCUUCUAGUCAGAAUAGAGGGGGCAAGUGUGCUUGAAACUCUGCAGUACCUUGAUCACUGAACAACACUCUCCCAAGCCUUACAUGAGGGAGAAGCCCUUUAACUAACCAGAGUCAAAUAUAGCUGACAUGUCACUCUAAUACUCUUUACAAGUAUGAGGUUAUAUGUAGAAAAAAAAAUUUUACUACUAAAUGAUUUCAGCUAUUGGCUUUCUAUAUUUUGAAAGUAAUGAUAUUGUCUUCAUUUUUUACUGAUGAUUUAAUACAAAAUACAUGGAGCUCGUUUUCCUCUCGUAAGUAGUGUUAGCUCCAAUAUUAACUUCACGAAGACAGCUUUUCAAAAAGCAGACUCUGAGGGGCCUCAUGCUUUAGCAGAAAGCUCUGCAUCACGUAACUGUGGCCAGGCAGGAGGAAACAGAGCAGCCAAGUGUUGUCUUUUAUCAUUUCUUGGAAUGCAGACGUGCAUACCUGUGAGGAAACUGGCGGCCACUCGUAAACGCUCUGCAACAGCCGGUGGCCCCUGUGGCAGUUGACAUAAUCCAGUACCUUGGUUUCCAGGUUACUUGACAAAGGCAGGUUUGACUGGGCUGGGGGACAGGAACAUGCCGCCCUCUUUUCUGAAGCAGAUCCAUGCCAGGGCACACAGUUGUUUUCCUAACGGUUGUCUUGACUCUCAACGGUGAUGACCGGGCCACUGUUUGGAGGGAUUUGGUCUGAAGGUCAUCAGGAAUCUACACGCAUCUUGUUAUGUGUCCUCCAUGACAGACUGUGACUGACUCUGUGGAAAGAAAGGCUUGUGGAUCAAGAGGACCAACGAUAGGCCUGUAGAGAUGAGUUGGCCGGCAAAGAUACGUGGACCAGAACAGGACUCUGGAAACGAGGCAUCUGGCUUGUUCACUGCAUAUCACCUUCCAUCAUUCUCAUCCUUAAACAAGUAGACCCUGAAGUGCACUUUUGAAGUCUGGUUGAUGGUGACAUUCAGAAUCUACAGUGAUCGAGUGCUAGGAGCCAUGCUUCUCCAACACUGAGUAGAGAAUAGGAGAAUCCACCUGAAUAGAGUGCUGGGAGCAUUACUUCUCCCCACAUCGGUAGAGGGGCUGGAGGAGGGACCCAAGGUGCACAGUUCAUACUGAUCCCCUUUGCCCGCUGAUGUUUGCCUUGUAAGAAUUAAUCAAAUCACUGGGGUGGGAAAUCUGUUCAAUCCAAGAUAAAGGCAUAGUCUUUUAGCGCUAUUGGUGUUUGAAGUACAUUUAUAUCCAAAUGUUAAUAAACAUAAAUGUAUAAUACUAAAUACUGUGUUUUUUCAGUUCACAAUGUUUUCAAGGAAAAUUUAUCAAACAAAUUUGAUUAGUGAAAGGUUUCAUAAAGACUCUUACUUUGAAUAAACACAUUAAAUGUGUCGAAA